AUGGUCCAAGAAUCUACCUCAGCACAAUUUGCGCCACAACGCACAACGAAACUUGAGCGGCUCAAGGCUAAAAUCAAUAGUGCUAAGCAGAAUUCUUUGGCAGAUCAAAUCCCUGAUCUGUAUGCCGUCAGUCUAUUCGACGCUCAGCCCCAAGACUAUCUGCCAGAAUCCAGUAUUGGAAAGCUUACGCAGCAAAUUGCGAUUGACAAAGAGUUUCAAAAGGAGCCAUUAUAUCUGGAGUGCGAAGAUGAAGAGCGACGCCAACUGACAAUCUGGAUCCAUGAACACGCAAGCAAAGUAUUUGCAAUCACACUCCAAUGCGGUCAUGAGCCUCGUCUCCUGUUGGCCUCAAUGAUGUUAUUUCAGGAGUCGGGUUUUGACGACACGAGCCUUCCUAUUUCCAAUCCAAGAUGUGAUGCUUCUACCCCUUUGCUCCCUAGGUCAAAUGCGUUUGAUCGUUCGUUCUGGUCUGAUCUCAAAUACUACAACUUUUACAAAAAGCAGUGGACAUGCCUUGUGCCUGUGUUCAGUCCGCUCCAAUAUGCGUACGACGAAUCUCCCGAGUGCAUAUUUCCUUUCGCAUCCUAUAGCUUGAGGCCCAAGGUUGGAGCUUUUAGUUCUGUAUACAAAGUCCGCAUACACGAUGACUAUAACAAGCAUUCGGAUAUCACAGAUGUUGCCAUCAAAGAAAUGAGGGUCACCCAAGACAACGAUAAAGGCGAAACUGAAGACGCCUGGGAUCGUGAAGCAAGAGCAUUAGUGGACAUAAAUAAGCUCAACCAUCCUCACAUAACGAAGUGCAUAGCUGCUAUACGGAGAGGCGACAGUUGCUACUUCAUGUUUCCAUGGGCAGACAGAGAUAGCCUCCGAGAUUACUGGGAUGGUACCGCAACGCAAGGCCCUCGCAGAGAAACCAUCUACUGGGCCAUUCGACAACUGAGAGGGCUUGCGGAUGCCCUCGACUGUCUCCAUCAAUGCCGCUCUGGGCAAUCCACGCAAAACGAAAAAGAGAUUCCUCGAAUGCGACAUCAGAACAGCAAUGUCAAGGAGACAAAUCGCAUGGGGACCUCGAAAGCAGACAACAUCAGACAUGGUGACCUGAAGCCGGAAAAUAUUCUCAGAUUCAUGGACGAGGAAGAUGGCCUCGGGAGACUCAAAAUCACCGACAUGGGGCUCGCAAAGCGACACAUGAUCGCAACUGUUGAUAGAACACAGCCCACCACCACAAGAUACGGUACAGUCCGUUAUGAAGCUCCGGAGGCUCUGACCGAUAUUCAUGGAGUACGAUCGCGCCUCUACGACGUUUGGUCAAUGGGAUGCAUCACCUUCGAGUUUGUCAUCUGGUUGUUGUAUGGUAACGACGCACUGAACGAAUUCUACAACCAGCUGAAGGGAAAUAUGGAUCAGACAGGACAGUUCUUCGAGAUCUCCAACACAGACGGGUUGAAGCAUGCUGAAGUUCACCGAGUCGUGCUCCACUGGAUCAAUCACAUUCAGGAGACAGAUCCGGAAUGCUCACAAGACUCGGCAAUUCACGAUCUCUUGAGAGUUGUCCAAGGAAAUCUGCUUGUCGUUCAUCUGCCGCCGAACCGCGGAAGCUCUACUGCUGAUGAUCGAUUAUGUACACCGCCGGUCAUCGGAGAAACGGCGACUCGAUAUCGUGCCACUGCCGAUCAAUUUCGCGCAGUUCUUGACGAGAUAUUGCUCAAAAAGGACCAGCCAGGCUAUUUAGCCACGGGAAAGGAAAGACGCAACGUCACGCUGCCUGCUCUAAAUUCUGAUAUACAUAAUUCGGUAUCAGCUGGUCUUGCGCAUGAUGCGUGCCGAGGCCUGCAACUCCAGCAGACUGCUGGACGAGGUUUCCAGAACGACAAAUUCUACAAGAAGUGA